ACACACCGACUGACAACCGACUUGACGCAAAGGUGACCGGUGUGUGUGCUCCUGGUAUUCUAGUUCUGAGAUAAAGAGACAAAAUACACCUGUUCUGCUUGUAAAGCUAUUAUUCACUGCAGCUUUGAGAACGAAAUUUAAAGGUUCAUUUUACUUGAUGCAAGAAACCCAGACCUAGAUUAACUUUCGAUUUAUAAAAUUCUUGUCUUCGUUACACACUUUCAAGAUGGCUGGACCUGGAGUGCUAUAUGAUGCAUAUGAUACUUUGCACUGUAACUUUACGACCACUGCAUCAGAUUUGUCAUUCACAUCUCCUGGAGAUUGUGGGUUUUUCUUGUGGCCGACCGAAGAAACAGUUUUGUUGUUUGAGAACGAAACUGAAACUAAAAUGGGAGACUCUGAAUCUAUGUACUUGCGAUUUCGAGACCUCAGUCGGUUUUGGAUCCAGCGAGUGCUAGUACCUAUCAUCUCUUUUGUCGGUGUUGUUGGGAACCUCGUGACUAUCAUAAUUAUGACUCGUCGGCAAAUGCGCUCGUCCACUAAUAAUUACUUGGCCGCAUUAGCUGUUUUCGACAUGUUGUACUUAAUAUGUAUAUUUAUUCUGUCUAUUGCUCACUACCCAGGCUUGACGGAUCCCCAGCAUAUCAACUAUUGGCGACUGUGGCCCUAUGCUUUAUUGUUGACCGAUGCUUGUAGCAAUACUUCUGUGUGGCUUACAGUAACCUUCACAAUAGAAAGGUACAUCGCCGUGUGUCACCCAAUCAAGGGGAAAGUGUACUGUACUGAAUCACGAGCCAAAAAGGUAGUUAUUAUUGUCGCUCUAAUUUGUUGCUGCUUGACCUUACCAACCCCAUUUGAAUGGACAGUUAUAGAGGUAAUAGAUCCCCUGACGAACAAAACUACGGUGCAGCCAGAUUUCUCUGAUUUUGGAAUGAACAUUCUCUAUAGAAAUAUAUAUUAUUGGUUAUGCGUAUUUUUAUUUGUUUUCAUACCACUUGUCUUACUGACCAUAUUUAACUCGUUUUUAAUCAAGUCAGUGCAUGCUUCCAAAAUCCAGCGCAAUACGAUGACCAGACGUAGAGAUAAUCGGAAUUCUUCUAGGCAGGAGAGCAAGAUCACUAUCAUGCUGAUUGCUGUUGUGAUCUUAUUCAUGAUCUGUCAGCUACCAACUGCUGUUCUUCUGGUGUAUACCACAUUUCACCCUCAAAACGCUAUCACUCUUGGCCUAGGCAACAUCUUUAACUUUUUAAUGGCUAUUAAUGCCGCUGGGAACUUUGUCUUAUAUUGUCUUCUCAGCCAGAAAUAUCGGCGAACUUUUUUGCAGAUAUUUUGUCCCUGUCUUAAGACCAAGCUAGUCCGGCUCCAUUUGGACUUUCAGACUACCAGCUACACCAAUGUUGACGACAGUCCUAGCGUCUCCAGAAACGUUAGCGCACGCAGAUCUACACGGGGUACGAAUAGCAUUCAAGAAGGAAUUAACUGUAAUACCGGAGGUCGCUGCAGUCGAGAAAAUUCUCGACAGGCCCAACGUAGUCUUGGAUACCAAGCAUCAUUAAAGCGGAUUAAUAAUGCUGCACGCAGUAACGACACAAUAAAUGGCAAUGAAAAAAGAAAAAAUCAAAGAUGCAUGAAAUAUUUUCCCUUUCUUCACCGGAAUUGGUAUUAUGUGUCUAGAGACAAACAAGCCACUGAAAAGGAAAGCGAAGAACAAUCCAUUCCAUUAAAAAGCGGAAAGCAUACCAUAUGCUUGACCAAACAAGAUGGAAUGCUGAAUCACUGUGCGUACUCAGCUGUCUGAAAACUCCACGCUGUAGCUGCAAAAUAUGAUUGGUUUUGAGAAUAUUGAAAAGCCAGCCACCACUUCUUAUAUCAUCAAAGUAUACUUUAAAAUAAAGUUUGACAAUGAUUUGAAAGUUUUCAAAUCAUUUAUUUAAUAAAAAUCGUGUACUAAACACAGCACUUUUUAAAACACUUUAAUAGGCUGUUGCUUAAAUAACAUAACUGAUUUUGGAUAUUGGUGAAGAAGAUAAUUGUAAUCAAAAUAGACCGAGGAAAAAAAUUAGUGUUUAUUAAAGGGUUACUCGUAUUUUUCCUCUUUUUGUUUGACCUCAAAGGAAGAAUGUAAACAAUAGUAAUCUCGAUCUGCCUGGUUCAAUAAAUGCUUGCUUUCAAGAGCUAGGAUAGAUGUCGUCUAAAAUCGUAUAUGUCAGUAUGUACUUGUUGUCAUGAUACGAAAAAUAACAGUUCGCAUUGAAUGAGAAAACUAUUUGAUCAACUUAAGACUCCGGUUAAAAGCAGCAUCAGUUACGAUCAAUUUAGAGAGAUUAAUGAUAGAGAAUGCCAUUCAGUAGAGCUUAAUAUGUCUUUAACUUUAACUAAAGGAAGAACUUACUUAGAGCUUUAUCAUGUGUAACUAAUCUUUUUUACGCAGGAAAAAUAACUAAAGAUUAUCCAGUCUCUCUCUGUGUACUUUGAAUGAGAACAAGCGUUUUGUUUUUGAAAUAGUUGUUAAUGUUAUCGAAAAAUAAUCAUGCUUAUACAUUAAUUCAGUAAUAAAAAAAAGAAGAAACUACAUGGUUGAGUACUUAAAUAACUUACCCAAAAUUGUUAAGAAGGGGUAAACUGCUACAGUAGGUGAUUUUGAAUUGUUUAGUUUUGAUAAAUGUGCC